CUGAGCCAUUUUUUUCGUACUUGGCAGCAUCUUUUUCCAACUUUUCAAACACAGUUUUUCAGUUUUACAGCACUUAAAAAGAGUAUGUAGUGUUAACUAUCGAACACAACAGCGCCAUAGUGAUGUGCCAAAAGAGCGAUUGUUGCGAUUUAAAAAAAUCGAUAUUGGGAAACUAUCGAUAUCGUCUCCACACUACCGCACAAAGCCCAAACAAAACCAGCACGAAACCAGCAGGCGCGUCUCUAUGCGUCUCCACUCUACCAAAACAGCUCCGAUCGCGAACGACGUGCACGGCGGAUGAGAAAGAAGGGAGGAAGUUUCGUCUCGUUUUUGUGCCAGGAUCUGUGCGUCCUUUAAACUCAUACUUUUUUUUUUUGUUGCAAUGCAAUACGCGGAAUCAUUAACAACAACAACACCAACAACUACUGCUACUGCUACAACAACAACAGCAAAUACAAAGAAAUAACUCAACAUUCAAGUGCAAAAAAAUAUCAACCAAAUAAAAAAAAAAUAAUAAUAAUAAAAAAUAAAAUAAAAAAUAUUUAUAACUAAACCGAAAACGCAAUCGCAAGAUAAAGAAUACAUUUUCUGUCUUGUUCAGUGGAAAUAUCAACAAUAACAAUAACAACAAGAGCAAUAGAAACAACAGCAACAACAAUAGCUGCCUAAAGAAGAAAACAAAAAAUCAAGUUCAAUCAAAAAAGAAGAGUAAAAAAAUAAAAAAUAAAAAUAUGUCUGCCACUAUAGUGCAGAAAUCCACGGCGACGGUCGGCAAUUCACGUUAUUUUGAGUGCGGCGACAUAUUCCAGACGGUGGCGAGUGAUCGCGAUCAUCAGCAACAGCAACAGCAGCCGCCAGUGGAGCACGUCCUGGUCAGCAGCAGCAUGGAGCAGCAGCAGCAACAACAACAACACCCACACCGCCUGCACGGUCCUCUCACUCGCACCAUUUCACAGCCGGCUCAGCGCCAUCAGCAGCUCCAUCAACAGCAACAACAACAACAACAGCAGCAGCAACAGCAGCAACCUCCUGUGGCAUCUCUGGUGACCAUCAUCGAGAGCCUGGGAAGCAUGAAUCUGCACCGCAAGCUGGAGAGGACACAGUCGGAGCCACUGCCACAGCAGCCCAUGAACACUUCCAGAUACAAGACGGAGCUGUGUCGCCCCUUCGAGGAGGCAGGUGAGUGCAAGUACGGGGAGAAGUGCCAGUUCGCCCACGGAUUCCAUGAGCUGCGCAACCUGCAGCGGCACCCCAAGUACAAGACCGAGUACUGUCGCACCUUCCACAGUGUCGGCUUCUGUCCGUACGGACCGCGUUGCCACUUUGUGCACAAUGCGGACGAGGCGCGUGCCCAGCAGCAGGCGGCCCAGGCGGCGGCCAAGUCGUCCUCCACUCAGUCGUCGCAGUCCCAGUCCCAGUCGCAGUCGCAGUCCCAGUCCCAGAAUGUCUCCCAACAGCAACAGUCCACCACAUCCGUGCAGCAGCAGCAGACUAGCUUCCCCUCCAAGGGCAGCCAGGCCACAAAUAUCCUGAACAGCAACAACUCCAACAACAACAACAGCAAUCAGUUCUUCUUGCCACUGAGUCCGCCGCUGUCGAUGAGCACCGGCUCGGACCGGGAGUCGCCCACCGGAUCUCUGUCGCUCAGCCCCACCAACUCGCUGACCAACUUCCCCUUCCACGAUGCCCUGCAUCAGAACGGCGGCUAUCUGGCGGGACUGAUGGGCCAGGGCGGCAAUGCAGGCGGCGGCGGCGGUAGCGGCGGUGGUGCCGGUAACAGUUCCUCGGCCUCAUCGACCUCGUCCUCGUCGGGAUUGGGUCUGGGCCUGGGCAUGGGCAUGGGAAUGAGCAGCAUGGGCAUGGGCAUGGGCCUGAGCCUGGGCAUGGUGGGUGGUGGUGGACCGAACACCCCGCCGGAGAGCCCCAAUGUACCCAUAUCCCCGGUGCACACACCGCCUCCCUACGACCUGGUUGGCGGACAUCAUACCGGGAAGCAGUUGCUCCAGAAGAGCGUCAGCACGCCGCCCCAGCAGCAGCAGCAGCAGCAGGUGCAGCCGAUGCAGCAGGAGGAGACGCCACGACUGCCGGUCUUCAAUCGGCUGAGCUCCGCCGUGGAGGCGUAUCAGUCCAACUUGGGUCUCUAAAGAGGAUCACUACGAAGAGGAGGAGGAGGAGAAGGAGAAGGAGGAGGGGCAGGCAAGAUGGCAGAUGACAGAUUGCAGAUGGAUUUGGAAAAAGGAGUUGCCCCUCCUCAAUAAGCGAAAAACAAGAACCAAAUCAUCGAAACCCCAUCCACAAAGCAUCCCUCCAUCGAUACUAAAAAAGAAAAAUCCUUGACAAAAUCUCAGCAAAGACCUGAAGCCGCAACUGAAGAUACUGAAGAGCUGACAACAAAAUACUAAACAAACAAACAAAAAAAUACUAAAAAACAUACCGUGCAGAUAAUGCCAAGAACCAAGCGAUCUUUGAUAUGAUUUCUCUCAAGCUGUGACAGUUGUCGUUAUCUUUAAUUGAAAGACAAACAAAAAAAAAAUAAUAAUAAUUCAAAUAGAAGGACGAUAAGAUAUAGAUACGUAAAAAAAAAGAGAAAAAAAAAAGAAAAGAAAAGAAAACUAAAUCCUAAAAGCCAAGGAGAACGAAAUACAUUCUACAACACUGGACAAGAGAGAGAGAGAGAGAGAGUAACUGUAACGGUAUAACGAUACAACGGUAAAGGAAACUGAAACCAAAAGACGAAAAAUCAAUUUUAUGGAAAAUCAAUUCAACGAGAACGUUGCUCAAAAUCGAAAUCAAGGAACUUGUUACAUAUUCUUAUAUAUAUUUAUAUAUAAUAUGUAUAUAUAUCGGAUAUCGGAUAAUGCGAUUAAUCGUUCCAGCAUUUAAUAGGAUCUACUGUACUUGUAGUGGUGCACUUGUCGCUUUUCGUUCAAUAUUUAUUAUAAUGCCGCGCACUUGAUUAGUCUUGUAUACAAAACAAAACAAAACAA